GCGAUAUAUUCUUAUAAUUUAGAUUAAUAUAAUCCAGUUGCAGGCGAUAGCUACAGGCUGAAGGGUUGCCGCUAAUUUGGACGACAAGAUGGCGGCAAUGAAAUGGUUCCUUUUGGGGGUAUUGUGUGUUUCCGCACAGGCUUUCCCUGACAGACCAACUCAAAGAUCGUCCAAAACCAACAUCUUCCUUGACGAGAUGCUAGAAGGACAGAUCUUUGAAAAUCUCAUGAUGGAAGACACGUCUGAUAAUGCACGUAACGACGCUGUCAACGUAUACCGCUUACCAACAACUACUAAGCCAUACCGUUACAAUAUUGACUGGAUUGUUGACACCACUGAGCUAACUUUUGGUGGUUCCGUCGCCAUACAACUGUACGCAACUCAAGCUGAAGUGAACGAAAUAGUCAUUCAGUCAGAUGAUUUGAACAUUCUUAAUGUAACGCUUACAAGAAACAAUGUAGUUGUACCUCAGACUUUUUACCUUCAACCUGAAUAUGAUUUUCUGAGAGUGGAGCUUGUAAACGGUUUCCUAGACUAUGACGCAGUCAACGCUACGUCGGCUCUUUACGUGUUAACUAUCAAUUUUGAAGCUGAACUGAGACACGACAUGUAUGGUAUAUACCGAAGUUGGUUUAGAAACGAAAAUUACAACGCGACACCCAAUUACAUGGCCACGACACAAUUUCAGGCCACUUCGGCUCGGAGAGCGUUUCCUUGUUAUGACGAACCAAGCUUCAAGGCUACCUUCGAUAUAAGCAUUGCACGUCGUCAAGAUGUCAAAAGUUGGUCUUGCACACGAUUAGCGGGAACUGCACCAUCUGAUCUUUAUGGUCCUGAAUUCGAAGUAGACACUUUCUAUAGAACUCCCAUUAUGUCCACUUACCUAUUGGCCAUUAUAGUCGCUGAUUAUAAGAGUGUUGAAUUUAAUAAUACACAAGGUCUACUCGAGUACGAAGUCAUUGCAAGACCUGCUGCUAUAGACAACAACCAAUACCAAUAUGCUUUUGACGUUGGUCAAGAGCUUCUGGCAGAAAUGAGUGACCAUACCGCCAUAGAUUAUUUCUCUGUUGAUAGUAAUCUCAAAAUGACACAAGCUGCGAUUCCAGAUUUUGGAGCUGGAGCUAUGGAAAACUGGGGAUUACUUACUUACAGGGAAGCCUACAUCAUGUACCAUCCCAAUCACACCAACAGCAACUACAAACAGCUAAUCGCUUACAUUUUAUCUCACGAAAUAGCUCACAUGUGGUUUGGAAACUUGGUCACCUGUGACUGGUGGGACGUUCUUUGGCUUAACGAAGGUUUUGCUAGAUAUUAUCAGUACUUCUUGACUCACUGGGUUGAAGAUCACAUGGGUUUUGAGACAAGAUUCAUCACAGAACAGGUCCACACUGCUUUACUCUCAGAUUCGGCCAUCACCGCCCAUCCUCUGAGCACCUCUGGCAUCGGCAGCCCUAGUCAAGUUAGCAGCAUGUUCUCCACCCUUAGUUAUAACAAGGGUGCUGCUAUUAUCAGACAGACAGAACAUUUGCUUGGAUUCGAAGUUCACAGACAAGGAUUGAGAAAUUAUUUGGCCCAAAAGUCCUUUGAUACUGCUUUGCCAGUCGAUCUCUUCCAACACUUGCAUGAUGCCGGAGUGUCUGCUGGAGCAAUCUCUGAAUAUGGACCUGGCUUCUCAGUCGUUGACUACUACAGGACCUGGACUGAGCAAGGAGGUCACCCCGUGCUCAAUGUUCAAGUCGACCAACAGACUGGGCGAUUGACCAUCUCUCAGCGUCGAUUUGACAUUACCAACGGUUAUGCUACCCCUGUCACCAACUGGAUUGUUCCCAUCAAUUUCGCAACUGCAAGCAACCCGAACUUCAACAAUACUAAAGCCACUCACAUCAUGACCGAUGGUACCAUGUUUAUUGAUACAAACAUAUCCAAUGAAUGGGUCAUCCUUAACAUCCAACAGACAGCAUUCUACAGAGUCAACUACGACGAUUACACAUGGAACCUAAUUGCUUUGGCUCUGCAAAGCAACGAGAGCAGAGCUGUGAUCCAUGAAUAUAACAAGGCUCAGAUUGUCAACGACAUCUUCCAAUUCGCCCGCUCUGGCCUGAUGAGCUACACUAGGGCUUUGAGCCUGCUUUCCUUCCUGCAGUACGAGACCGACUACGCCCCUUGGGUGGCAGCCAUCACUGGCUUCAACUGGCUGAGGAACAGAUUUGCAGGAACUUCUUUACAAGAGACUUUUGAAACCCUGAUCGCCACUUGGGCUACAACUGUAAUGGCCGAUGUAACAUACUACCCGACGGAAGGCGAAAGCUUCAUGCAGUCCUACAAACGUAUGCAAUUGGCCCCUACCAUGUGCGCGAUAGGAGUGCCUGAGUGCACUGAGGCUGCUGAAAUUCAGUUCAACACGCUGAUGAAUGGAGUUGCUGAGGUUCCAGUCGAUAGCCGUAGCUGGGUUUACUGCAAUGCCCUACGUAGAGGUGACGAUUCGCACUUCAACUUCCUCUGGCAGAGAUUCCAGAGUCACCACGUCUACACGGAGAAGAUCCUUCUCCUCUCUGUCCUUGGUUGCACCAAUGAUGUAGCCAGCCUCACAGUCUUCUUGGACGCCAUUCUUGAAGAGAACUACUUGAUCAGGCGUCAAGACUACAACACCGCUUUCAAUUCUGCCGUCACUGGAAACGAAAAUAACACGCAAAUUGUAUUCAAAUACGUUCAGGAGAACCUCGAAAAAUUGGAGGCUGCAUACAACGUCACAUCCAGCAUCGUUGGGCCUCUGAAUACCAUCAGCGCCAGAUUGAGGACAGAGGAGGAAAUUGAGGAGUUCCAACUAUGGGCAAGAGAAAACCGUAACGCUCUUGGAAAUGCAUACAACAGCGUAUACAAUGGCGCAGAAAGUGCAAGAGCGAGCAUAAAGUGGACUAACGAAAUCCUAGACGAUGUUCUCAACUUCAUUGAGAAUGGUGGUGACGAAAUAGAAGUAACUACUGCUACUCCAGGAACUGAAACUCCAGUUGACACCGAAACACCACCAGACAUUGAUGAGCCUACGACCCCAGAUAUUCCUGAGCCCGAUUCUGCUGUGACGUCAGCACUAUCAGUAGUAGCUAUCGCUGUAGCUGCUAUUGUGAACUUAGCCUUAUAAUCGUAGUCAAUAAUUUAAUUGAUAACACCUUUAUGAGAUUUAAUAGUUACAAGAUAAUUGUCCUAUUUUAUUAUUGAAAAUAUAUUGUAUGUUCCAGUUGCUUUUUGACAAUUCAGACUUACGCACACAACAAUGGAAAUAGUAUGAUUGAAAGUGUGUUGAUUUAGAUCCUUGGAUUGACAAUAAUAAGCAAACAUGUAUCCAUAUUGAUGUAAAUAAUUAUAGUAAAUUAUUAUAAUAUUUUUAACA